UAUAUAAAUACCCAUUUUAUCCAACAUUUCAUUUCUUUGCAAGAAAGCCCCCAACCAAACAAAAAAACAAAAGGUACAGAGUGCCGAACAAAAGAUCUCUUUCUUUCUUCAUUCAUUCAUUCGUUCAUCCAAUGCCGCCAUUGAGAAUCAACAAGAAGCUAAAACCAGCCAAAAGGGCAUGGAAAAGCUUCACAGAAAUGCUCAAAUCCAAAUUCAGAGACCUUGAAAUCGCUAAAUCGAUCAGAGACUCCACUUCUCGGGUCCUCGAGUUCCUCUCUCGCCGUCUCGUCCUUCCGUUCAAGACAAGGUACCUCAAGAACACCAGUUCCCGAACGCACAGAUAUAGGUACAAGUACAACGAUAACAGCUACAGGUACAUGCAAAUCCAGCAAUACCAAAGGCAACCGGGCAGAGAUUGUUCGGAUUCGUGCGUGGCGGAUAGAUUCUACAAGGGGGGAGAGGGGGUGAGAAAGAGAAAGGAGAAAGUUGAGGGGCGAAAAGAGGAAAAAGGGGAAGAAGAGGGGGAGGGGGAGGAGACAGUUGAUUCAAUGGAAGAAGCGUGGAGAAGAGUGGUGGCUGCUUCUCCGCAUCUGAGAGUGGACGAGAGGGCUGAGGAAUUCAUCUGUAGGUUCCGGGAAGAGAUUCGGAUCGACAAGGAGAGAUCUUUUCUUGAGUUCCAAGAAAGGUUGAAACGAAGUGCUUGAUUCUUCUUCUUCUUCUUCCCCAUUACUCUUGUGUGUGUGUUUGUGAUUUUUUUUUUUCCUUUCUGAAAAAAAAAGAAUGGGGGAUUUGAUUUGAUGAUAUGUGGGUGGGAAAUGUAAAGAAAGGUGUGAUUUUUAGACCCAAAUUCAGAGACAAAAACUAAUUACAACUAUACAUUUUCAUCUUCUUCUGUCGAGAAAUUUGAUUAAAGAACAUUUUUCUUUCAGAUAUUCAUAUAAAGUUUCUUCCUUUUCGGGGUUUGAAAGGAAAAGAAAAAGAGGGUGUUCGGGCAUUGCUGAGAAUUGACACGAUUGAGUGAGAUUCAAUGCAAAAAAAAAAAAAAAAA